AUGACGGCGAUCACGUCCGGGACCAUCACCACCUCCGUGCCAGCGACGACCACCACCACGGCGGAUCCGCCCCCGCUCCUUACGCCCGAGGAGGUGUCGGGCACCCUGCGAGAGCUCGUCCAAGCCGUCCGGGGCAUCACCCUCUACCUCGCCGGGAACCAGCCCCCGCCGCCGAGCGCCGCCACCACCGCCUAUGGGCCGCCGCCGCUACAGUGGCCCGCCCCAGCCUUCCAGGCGCCCUACGGAGGGGCGCCUCCGCCGCCACUCCUGCUGCCCUACCCGGCCUCGGGAACGCCUUGGCCAGCGUGGCCGACCGCCACCGCAUCGCUGGGGGGCCCGCCUCAGCAGUUCCUCCCAGCGCCACCGCCGGCCCCCCCGACGCAGGCGACGGUGCAGCAGCAGCACCAGGCGCCGCCGCCAUAG